AUGGCCGCUGCAGAUGCCCCUGCAGACGGAAGGAGCCAGGCCAGAGCCGUGACCCUGCCCGCCAUCGCCCGCUGCCCUGCUGAGUCCCUGUGGAACGGGGGCGUCAGGGGUGAUGCUCAGCAACAUGGACCACGGGUCAGCGAGGCCGAGUCUGUGCAGACUCGCAGGCCCCCCGGGGAGCUCAUGCUCCAACCUGACCAGGACGAGCAGGUCUACGUGGACCUGGAUGAGAAGGAGACCGUCUGGCCACUGCGGGAGUCUCUUCACGCCUUUGACUAUGAUGCUCGGAGGGCUGAUGCUGACACCGUCGUGGCAACAAGGAACUCGAACACCCUGAUCCAUUGGUCCAACCACCGUGGGGCCACAGAUGAGGCCCCUGAGGUGACUGUGUUUCCCAAGGAGCCGGUGCAGCUGGGGCAGCCCCACACUCUCAUCUGCCAGGUGGACGAGUUCUUCCCACCCGUGCUCAGUGUCAGCCGGCUGCACAAUGGGCAGGCAGUGACCGAAGGGGUGGCCGAGACCAUCUUCCUGCCCAGCACAGAACUCAGAUUCCACAAGUUCCGCUCCCUGACCUUCGUGCCCUCAGCAGACGGCGUCUACGACUGGGUGGAGCACUGGGGCCUGGACGGGCCACUCCUCCCCUGGGAGGCCCAGGAGCAGAUCCAGGUGCCAGAGACGAGGGAGACUGUGGUCUGUGCACUGGGCCUGGUGGGGGGCCUGGCGGGGAUCAUCGCCGGCACCAUGGUCCUGAAGACCAGGAGACCCGAGAGCACCCCAGGUGCAGGGACCCCUCCAGUACCUCCCUCCCGUACAGUCUUCAUCGCCUUGAUUUUCUUCUGCUCUCGUAACGAUGUGUAG